GAGCUGGGAGAGGCCAGUGGGAAUCCCUGCUUCAUGUGGUCUCUUAGCCCCCAUCAGGUGCUGUUCAGAUCCACCUGCCUCAAAUUUUAUUCCAUGUGGAACUCAGUCCAAGUCUCUGGAGGGGUAGCUCACCUGUGUCCCCCUGACUUUUUAAGGCUUCAUCUCAGAAGGAACCAGGGAGUCUCCCCCCAUUUCUCUGUCUUUCCACCUCUGUCCCCUUUAUCUCUUUGUUCCCUCAUCUGUGUCCCCACCUCCCCGUGUCUCCCUGCCCCCUCCCCCUUCUGUGUCUGCCACCGCAUCUCCUCCAGCCUGCUUGGGCUGCGGCCCAGCUGCCCUGCCUGGCCAUCCUCCCUGGCUCCCCCUCUGCAGCUCUGAGCUGGCCCCACCCCCUGCCCCCCCUCAGCCAGGCCUCUGAUCCGCCUGUGGACACAGAGGUCGGGCGCCCGGCACAAGGCCCCCGGGGCCCAGGACGCAUCACUGCCCCUCAGCACCCACAGAGGCCUCCCCGCGGCCCUAGCAGAGGAUCCCCCGGCGGAGGGCAUGGGGGUGGGCUGCCCCACCAGGUUCGGGGCGCCCGCCCCCCACUAGGCCAAGUGGAGGGGGUGCCCCCGCCCAAUGGGCCUGGCCUGGGCCCUGCGCCGCCUUAGCGGCGCCCUGGAGCCAGGGGAGGGCCGCGCCGGCGAUGAGGAGGAGGCCGGGCCGGGGCUGUGCCGCAACGGAUGGGCGCCGUCGCCGGCGGGGCGGCGCCGCGGGCGCUUCGUCAAGAAGGACGGGCACUGCAACGUGCGCUUCGUGAACCUGGGCGGCCAGGGCGCGCGCUACCUGAGCGACCUGUUCACCACGUGCGUGGACGUGCGCUGGCGCUGGAUGUGCCUGCUCUUCUCCUGCUCCUUCCUCGCCUCCUGGCUGCUCUUCGGCCUGGCCUUCUGGCUCAUCGCCUCGCUGCACGGCGACCUGGCCGCCCCGCCGCCGCCCGCGCCCUGCUUCUCGCAGGUGGCCAGCUUCCUGGCCGCCUUCCUCUUCGCGCUGGAGACGCAGACGUCCAUCGGCUACGGCGUGCGCAGCGUCACCGAGGAGUGCCCGGCCGCCGUGGCCGCCGUGGUGCUGCAGUGCAUCGCCGGCUGCGUGCUCGACGCCUUCGUCGUGGGCGCCGUCAUGGCCAAGAUGGCCAAGCCCAAGAAGCGCAACGAGACGCUCGUGUUCAGCGAGAACGCCGUCGUGGCGCUGCGCGACCGCCGCCUCUGCCUCAUGUGGCGCGUCGGGAACCUCCGCCGCAGCCACCUGGUCGAGGCCCACGUGCGGGCCCAGCUGCUGCAGCCUCGUGUGACCCCGGAGGGUGAGUACAUACCACUGGAUCAUCAGGAUGUGGACGUGGGCUUUGAUGGUGGCACCGAUCGAAUCUUCCUUGUGUCUCCCAUCACCAUCGUGCACGAGAUCGACUCUGCCAGUCCUCUGUAUGAACUAGGACGUGCCGAGCUGGCCCGGGCUGACUUUGAGCUGGUGGUCAUUCUCGAAGGCAUGGUGGAGGCCACGGCCAUGACCACACAGUGUCGCUCCUCCUACCUCCCUGGUGAGCUGCUCUGGGGCCAUCGUUUUGAGCCGGUCCUCUUCCAGCGUGGCUCCCAGUACGAGGUUGACUAUCGCCACUUCCACCGCACUUACGAGGUCCCAGGGACACCAGUCUGCAGCGCCAAGGAGUUGGAUGAACAGGCAGAGCGGGCUUCCCACAGCCCCAAAUCUAGUUUCCCCGGCUCUCUGGCUGCAUUUUGUUAUGAGAAUGAACUUGCACUGAGCUGCUGCCAGGAGGAAGAGGAGGAAGAGGAGGCCAAGGAGGGGGAUGGGGUGGAGGCAGAAGAUGGGACUGCCAGCCGCCAAGUACUCACACCAACCCUGGCACUGACCCUGCCCCCGUGAUGCCCAGCUGGUGUCUCCCUAUUUGUACCCCCUUCCCAGAGAUAGCAAGAUGGAGAGUUAGGGCCCUCUCCUGGGAUGGGGGCAGGUGUUUCCCAAGCCCGACAGACCUGCUGGGUAAAUUAUUAGCUGGUGAAGUUCUGCCAUGCCUAGUGGACCCACCACAGACAUACUGGAUCUUAAUUCCUCUGCGGCCCAUGCUCCCUCCCAAGACCCCUUUAUCAGCCUGAUUCCUGAGUCUCCCCAGAGCUGAGGGAUCCAGAAUUCUGGACCACCCAAGAGGCAAGGACUGGUGGUUCUAGAUUCCUCUAAUGUGGCUGGGUUGGUUUGUCGAGCAGGGUCAGUAAUCAGUGGUAUAUACUGUCUCCAGGGACGGAACAGAGAUUUAAGAGUUUGCAGAUCUGGACUGACCUAAGAUUCAAGGGACUGUUGCUUCUCGACUCAGCUAACCAAGUAGCAAAUCAUUUUUUUCUAGACCAUGUAAGGAGGGAGGGUUAUGGAAUGCCCCAAGAAUUCAAGACUAUCUUUAUUAACCAAUGAC